AUGACAGCUUCGUGCGAGACGCCGGUUCCGAGAUCACUACAUGUCUUCAACCAGAUCAAACAAGAUGUGACUCGGUGUGGGCAGAGACUUGCAGGUAUACAAUCGCCAGCACAAAAACACGAAGACGACGUGAAGGCUGUCCGUGCCAAUCUCGACGCGGCAUGGGACCGCAUUUUCCAAGCCAAGGAUUUGUCUGAGCGUCCCCAGUUACAGACUAAGAUUCAAGACUAUGCCGGCGAACUGGAAAGACUCGAAUUUAGUUACAGGUCAGGCCUCACAGACGCAGAGACGGAGUACGAGCGUCAGGUCGACGCGGUUGUGAAGGCUUGUUGCGAAAAACUCGGCGAAUCAAUAAACACGGUGCUGCGCUUGUUCGACUUCGAGAGGUCGCGAAAACCUACCAGCAACGACUUCCACCAUGAUUCAAACGAUUCACAGCACACGAGCCAGCGUCCACAAGCCGGACGUUCAGACGACCAAUCUGAAACAGCCCAAAAUGCAGAAACACGCAAAAGGAAAAGAGGUUGGGAUGUCUUGGACCAGCAGAAGCAUCACCAACUCGCAACGGCCCAGAAACGCAAAAAUGUCAAGAGGUCAAUACACUUUGAGGAAGUCUUCCAGAAUGGAAAUGCCCCCAUUAAACAUGUCAUCGUUCAAUGGCCCCCGGACCAGGGUAGCUGGUACAUCCUUCGAUGCGAGGAACACGAUUUCAACUUGAAAGACAACCCGCUUGUCGGCGCGGCGGCCCAUAUACGCAGCAAAAAGCACGGCAAAAAGUCAAGUGAUUACAAUACAGUUUUAGAGCUAUUGGGAAUUGAGGUCUUGGGGUGCGACGAGAGCUUGGCCGAGAAAAAUAACGUUGCUGUCCGAGAGGCGUUCAAAAAUGGUUAUGCACAUCCCACUGCUGCGGGCAUUCAAGUGAGUAAGGAGAUUGUCCCUUCUAAGGACAGAGGACGUACACGUGGUUAUCGACGACAACACGGAACGCCUCAGGCAGCUGUUGAUCCGGAAUAUGGGCAAGUAUAUCGCGUGUACUGGAAUCUGUCGAAGCAGUGGCUCGCAGCACUCCUCCUUCCUAUGCAAAAUCUGCAUGACGUUGGCAUACCCUACUCGAUCGAAGGCUUAGGGUUACUUGAGGAUCUGCCACAGUGUUAUGCUUAUGAUUGUCAGAGCAAAACCUUUUCAUGGAAGGAAGGAUAUGAAGACAACGGGCCCCGGGUUUCGAUGCGCAAAUUCCCGGUCAUGUUCUUCGACGGUUCGCCUUUCCCUAGCAAGAGCUCUGUUGCAUGGGUCAGUGCCAGUGACCUGCAGAUUUACGACCCGUCUGCGAAGAACCUUAUCGAACACAGUCAACAGGUUCUAAAUUAUCUAGAAGCUCGGGAAAGCGCGGGAGGACAGAAGAUCGCUUCCGAAGCUAGAACCAGAGAAUCCUUCCCCGCCGACCCAGCGAACCUUUACUGUCGCGAAGCAGAAGAACAAGCUCAAGACUCCGGAUCUCCUUCUUCAUCGACUUCCUGGAACCAGGAGGCACCGGAGAACUCUCAACCCGGCACGACCGCGACGCCGAUGAUUACACCACUCGUUGAAACUGCCCCCAUCGGCGAGCAGGCUUUUCAGCAUGCGCCGCAAACGAACAGCGACACCUCGGCUCUCCAGGGACAUCCAGAUCAAUCUCCCAAUGACCGGAGCCGCGGUGUCGCUACAUGUUCAGCCAGCGGCGCUGAUGAAGAGCCUGAGCGCAAACUCAGCGCAUCAUAUGGUUGUUCCCCAGCAGAGUUUCAGGAUGGACCAGCAGCCGACGUCCUACGGACAAUUGCCUCCCAUUCGGCCCCUCGGGGAACUUACUCCGCCAGCUGGACAGGGCUAUCAUUGGCCAAAUGGAGCUUCUGUCUCCUCAGUAGACAGCUCCGGUCACUGGAUUGGUACGACAGCCAACCCACAACUUCAGUCACGCGCCAGGGGCUUGCAAACCUCAACGGCUACGAUGACCUUCAAUCCAAAUCUUCCGGUGUGGCAGACUCCGUCCGGUGCAACUGA